AUGUUAGCAUCAGAUAGAAGAUUAAUUAUAAAGAAAAAUGAAAAUUAAUACUUUGAUCUUGUUAUUUAAUAUAUUUUAGUUACUGAAAAUAUGUUAGAUGAGGCAGUGAAUAUGGUUUUUGAAAAAUUUUAAGUAGAAGAAGAAUUGCAAAUUUAUAUUAUGAGUGAUGAAUAAUAAAACAUGUUGAAUUUGAUGAGAAAUUUAGGUUUAGUAAACGAUUGA